GGAGCUCCGCGGUACCGUAGGGUCCCCGGGAGAUUGACGGGUAAGCGGAGAGCCCUGUCACGUGGAACUCUUAGCCCGAGACCUCCAAAGUCCAGCUGAGAGACCCCAGAUGCCCUCAUCCUGAGGGGCCCUAAACCCCGUCAGCAUCGAGGGGCCCGCGUGCGCCAACCCGGAGGACCCACAUCUCCUGACCCCCAACGCUUAGCCCCCAAACAGCCCGAAAACCCCAGUUCCCCUCGGCUCGGGGCACCCAACCUGCAGCUCGCCCGGAAAGACCGAAUCUCCCCAAACUCAGAGACGCUAAAUGCUGUCGUCCUGGAAACUAACUCGGUAGUGGGGACCCUGAAGCCCCUCGAUGAGACGCCCCAAAUCUCAGCCACAGAGGUAUCGACCCUCCCCCCAGGGCUCAGUGUCCUCAGCCCGGAAGACGCCCCAGGCCGUCCAGCCCCUCCUCCCGAGUCCCCUCUCCAGGCGCCCCGCCAACCGGGAGAAAGGCGUUCCGUCCUCUCAGCGCCUUCUCCUUCCGCAGGCGCCUCGGGCUCGGGGCUGGGACGCCAUGAACCCCGACGGGGGCCCGCAGCACAGCCCCGAGGGAGAAGCGGGGCGGGCGGGGCGGACGGGGCAGAUGCCGCAGGCUGAAGAGGCUUUGGAAGACGCUUCCCUCUGCUUCUCCGCGGAGGAGUGGGCAGAGAUGGGAGACCCGGACAAAGGCCGGUACCAGAACCUGGGGAGGAACUUCCACGCGCUCACCAGCCUAGGUCUCAGGGCCCCUCGACCAGCUUCCAUGUGUCACCGCAGUCAGACCACCGAGCUCCAGGAGGAGGACCCUGAGGACUCGGAUGAAGAAUGGAAUCCAAGGCAGCAAGUGAAACCUUCUUGGGUGGCCUUCAGAAGGGAACAGAGUAAACAUCAGAAGGCAACAUCCAAGGUGCCAUUAAGCAAUGAAUAUAGUUUGAAGGAAUUGUCAGGAACAGCAACUUUGAUGACUGCAAGUGACUCAGAGGAGGCCCAGAAACCAGUGUCCCCUCCUGGAGAAGCAUGUGCCUUUGGAAAGCACACUAGACGAAAAUCAGAACUCAAGAGAAAGGAGAUGGACGAGAAGAUGUACAGCCUACAAGAAAGAAAGGACUGUGUGUACCAAGAGGUCACUGAGCCCCGGGAUGAUGACUACCUUUAUUGUGAGAAGUGUCAGAACUUCUUCAUCGACAGCUGUGCUAUGCACGGGCCCCCUGCAUUUGUAAAGGACAGUGCAGUGGACAAGGGGCAUCCCCACCGCUCAGCCCUCACCCUGCCCCCUGGGCUGAGAAUUGGGCCAUCGGGCAUCCCUGAGGCUGGGCUUGGAGUGUGGAAUGAGGCAGCUGAUUUGCCAGUGGGUCUGCACUUUGGCCCUUAUGCAGGACACAUCACAGAAGAUGAAGAGGCAGCCAAGAGCAGAUACUCCUGGCUGAUCGCCAGAGGGAGAAACUGCUAUGAGUAUGUGGAUGGGAAGGACAAAUCCUGGGCCAACUGGAUGAGGUUUGUGAACUGUGCCCGGGAUGAUGAAGAGCAGAACCUGGUGGCCUUUCAAUACCACGGGCAGAUUUUCUACCGAACCUGCCGGGUCGUCAGGCCGGGCCGUGAGCUGCUGGUCUGGUGCGGGGAUGAGUAUGGCCAGGAGCUGGGCAGCAAGUGGGGCAGCAAGUGGAAGAGAGAGCUCAUGGCCGGAAGAGCAGAACCAAAGCCAGAGGUGCACCCAUGUCCCUCCUGCUCUCUGGCCUUCUCCAGUCAGAAAUUCCUCAGCCAACACGUGAAACUCAAUCAUCCCUCUCAGAUUCUCCUGGGAACAUCUGCAAGAAAACAGCUCCAAGCAGAGGAACCCUGUCCAGAGGAUCAGAAUCAGCAGCACCAACAUACUAGUACGCACAGCUGGAAUGAUAAAGCUGAAGGUCAAGAGGUCAAAGAAAUGUCCAAACCUUUGCUUAAAAGGAUCAGUCAGGGGAGAAUCUCAAGACCCUUUUCCCAACCUUCCAAAGAACAAAUGAGGAGCUCUACUCAGCAGGAGACAGUGAUGGAGGAGGAGCCCCAUAGAGGCCAGAAAGAGAGUCCAGAGGGUGCAGGCAAGUUAUUCGUGAAAGUAGGAAUGUCAAGAAUUAUAACAAUCAAGUAUGGAGGGUGUUGGCAAAGCUUCAGUGAUGGGUCACAUCUCAUCAGACACCACAGGAUACACUCAGGGGAGAAGCCCUAUGUUUGCAGGGAGUGUGGGCAAGGCUUUACAUGGAAGUCACAUCUCAUCAGACACCAGAGGACACACUCUGGGGAGAAGCCCUAUGUUUGCAGGGAGUGUGGGCGAGGCUUUACACGGAAAUCAUAUCUCAUCAGACACCAGAGGAUACACUCUGGGGAGAAGCCCUAUGUUUGCAAGGAGUGCGGGCAAGGCUUUACACAGAAGUCACAUCUCAUCACACACCAGAGGACACACUCUGGGGAGAAGCCCUAUGUUUGCAGGGAGUGUGGGAGAGGUUUUAGACAGAAGUCAGUUCUCAGAGGACACCAGAGGACACACUCUGGAGAGAAGCCCUAUGUUUGCGAGGAGUGUGGACGAGGCUUUACGUGCAAGUCAGGUCUCAUCAAACACCAGAGGACACACUCAGGGGAGAAGCCCUAUGUUUGCAGGGAGUGUGGGAAAGGUUUUACACAGAAGUCAGCUCUCAGAGUACACGAGAGGACACACUCGGGGGAGAAGCCCUAUGUUUGCAUGGAGUGUGGGAGAGGUUUUACACAGAAGUCAGCUCUCAGAGGACACCAGAGGACACACUCGGGGGAGAAGCCCUAUGUUUGCAGGGAGUGUGGGAGAGGUUUUACACAGAAAUCAGCUCUCAGAGGACACCAGAGGACACACUCUGGGGAGAAACCCUAUGUUUGCAGGGAGUGUAGGAGAGGUUUUACACAGAAGUCAGCUCUCAUCAGACAUCAGAGGACACACUCAGGGGAGAAGCCCUAUGUUUGCAAGGAGUGCGGGCGAGGCUUUACAUACAAGUCAACUCUCAGAGGACACCAAAGUACACACUCAGGGGAGAAGCCCUAUGUUUGCAGGGAGUGCGGGCGCGGCUUUACAUGGAAGUCACAUCUUAUCAUACACAAGAGGACACACUCUGGGGAGAAGCCCUAUGUUUGCAGGGAAUGCGGGCGAGGCUUUACAUGCAGGUCACCUCUCAUAAGACACCAGAGGACACACUCGGGAGAAACCCCAUGUUUGCGGGUGGACUGAGUGAGUCAUUAGCAUUAAGUAGCAUAUCAACAGCCAUAGGUAGUCUACGGCCCCUUACUCUCCCCAAGAUUGUAAUUAGUACAGAAGUAACUGAUUAAACAAACCCUCCACUUUCAUGACAAGAUGAGAUGGACAAACGGUUCCAGUGGAAUGUCAACACCAAUCUCCAUGGUUUUUUGACGUCCUAUUCCAACAACUUUUGUCUCCAUUACAAAUAUGAAGCCCACAUCCCACAUUCCCCCAUCACUGAAAGCAGAGAGUUUGGAAAGAGCCACGAAGAACUCAGCCACAGAAAUUCAACUCCUGCAAGUGUGUAAGUCUGGAGGCAGUCUACUUUGGUUCCUGCCCAGAGAGAGGGAUUUGAGGCAGACUCAUCAGGGAAGGGAAUUCCCUAGAUUCCUGGGAAGUGGGGGCUUUUUUCUUAAUAGGCUCCCUACCCUCCUCCCUUGGCUUCUCUUGGCUUUUCUAGUUUCCUACAACCUCUGGAGCCUUAGAGGUGAUCUGCAGGAAGGGAUAUAUCCUUGUGCAGAGACAUGAGCUUGGUUGUGUCUGGGCACCUGUUCUUCCUCUGUCUCCUUGCUACCCCUUCAGGGUCAGCAUUUCCUGGUGCACAGCAUCCAGAUUGCACAUCAGUCCAUACUUGGUGUGAGUCUCAGCUCUGUCUCCUCCAGCUGUGUGACCUAAGAUAAGAUUUUCGACUUCUCUCUGCCUGCUUCCUAGUCUGUGCAAUGGAAAUGGCAACUCCAGCCUUUUGGUUUGACUUUUGAAGUUGAGUCAGCACAGACAGAAUCUGGCAAGAGGAUAACUGAGAUCACAAGUCCUGCUGAAGAGCCCUCUGUGCCCAUGCCUUCUGGGUCUUUAGUGCUAGACAAAGGAAGAUAAGGACAGGUUAGGAGUCUUUAGCCAAAUUCAGAAUUUGAGCAGACCCCACUGCUUUCCCCACAUAGACUCAGCUGCCCUGAGAAGGAAGCCUGAGGUUGGGGAGGUGCCUCCCCCUGAUCACCACCCUCUCACUGAGCCUGUGAACCCUCAGGGCCUCCUGAACAUAAGCAGGUGGUGCUGAGAGUGAGCUGUGAAACAAGACCCUCACCCACCCCUUGCUGAGAACUGACACUGAAACAGCAUUUGCCUGCACUGGGGUGUUAAGGUAGAUGAUGAGCCAAGGCAGGGAGGACGAGGAAGAUGUGUCACUCACUGACUCAGCAGUCCUGAUCCUGGUCCAAUACCAUUGUCAAAUGUUCCAGCAUCACAAGAAACACCAUGCUAACAUGUUGAAAUUCUAGGUAUUGUUAACACUAUCUGGGAAAGAAAGGCUUUCAAACUGUAUUCAUCCCAAGGCCUAGAAGGUGGAAGGGGGUCUACAGCACUCAAGGUAAGGACUCAUAAAACAAAUUUGGCUAAUUGCCUCUGUCCACUGUUUUAUGACAGGGUCCCUAGUGCUUACAGAAAGAGCCCAUAGGUAACUGCCUCAACUUUAACUCCUGUCAUGUACCUAUUUUACAAGAUGGCCAAGUGGGGUCUGAAUCAAGAUAAGGAUUCAGCUAACAACCCCACAAACACCUACAUUUGGUUUGUCACAUCCCCCGUGGAAGCAGGCACCACUUUUACCCAUCAAUCAAUAUGUAACCUUCACCCCCAUCCCAAAUGUAUAACUUCUCAGGACAAAGAACUUGGUGCUUUGCCACCCAAGCUCUUGCCUUUCACCCCCGCCUCAGCAAGAUUUCUCCUCUUCCAUGAGAAUGUAUCACUAAUGAACCCUGUUUGCGUGCUAAUACACUUGCUGAUAUGCAAUCCUUUACUGCAUUGGCAAGAACUGAGUUUCUCCUGUGACAGGUGCACCCAAUCUGCAUGUGUCAAUUCAUGAAGCUCACAGGGCAGCAGCUACUAUAAUGCACUUUCCUUGUACCUGGUCCCACAGGGCUUUGUACAUCGCUGACACCAUCUCAAAAUUACUACUUAUUGUAUCUUUGAACUUGUUUGUAAACUCUGAUGGAAUAGUAGACAUGCACAAUGUUGGUCAUUCCUGGCCACCCGUUCCCAGAUAAUGUCCACAGUGGCCCAAGAGCCCAAAAUUCGCAUGGACCCAAUGGAUGGGAGUCCAGCAAGACUCAGGGUGAGAACAGGGUAAACAUCGACUUCUGCAUAAGCAUGAAGAGGGGUGCUAACAGCUCCUAGAGGUCACACUUUUCUUAGAACCAGAGCCGAGUUCAAUACAGAGAUGGUCAACAAUUAGUGAGGACACCAUCAUAAGCUCUUCUGCCUGAGGGAGACCUAAGCACGACCCACCCUGUUCCUGCUGGGAUGGGUUCACCAAAGAGGGACACCCACCCCCAUGACCUGGAACAAUGACCUUUCUGUCCUCCCAGUGGCAGGCUUUGUAAAGAGUGUCUGCAUAAACUACGUGGACUUCAAUAAUAAAUAUCCACUAUUAUUUUCUUUCA